AUGCCGAGAAACUGCCUCGCCAUAGCGACCGGGCGUCCAGGCCUCGCCGAGCUUCUCCGCAAGGGCCUGGAGACCCUGACCUACACCAAGCUCUGCCUUCCCGAUGACAUCCAGGUGCGUGGUGUCGGCUCAGUCCAGAGCUACUACUACAGGGACAAUGGGCUCAAGAUCUGGGCGGCUAUAGAGAGCUUUGUCUCCGGCAUCGUGGGGAUCUACUACCGGACCAGCCUCUCGGUGCAGAGUGACCACGAGCUGCAGGCGUGGGUGGGUGAGAUAUUCACCAAGGGAUUCCUCGGCCGACAGGCAUCGGGUGUCCCCUCUACUCUGGGCACCGCGGCCGAGCUGACCAAGUACCUGACCAUGGUGAUCUUCACCUGCUCCGCCUAUCACGCUGCGGUCAACUCUGGGCAGUUCGAGCUGGCAGUCUUCAUGCCCAAUUACCCAUCAUCCAUGCGGAAGCCGCCGCCCCAGAACAAGGCCAAGGUGACCCUGAAGGAGUUCCUGGACACCAUCCCCGAGAUGAACACCACCAGCCUGAUCCUCUCUGUCCUCUGGGUGCUGCGUAAUGAGGAUCGGGACAUGAGACCCCUGGGGACAUACCCUGAGGAGCACUUUACCGAACACGGGCCAAAGCAGCUCAUGGCUGCCUUCCAGGAUCGCCUAGCAGAGAUCUCCCGGGAAAUUGAGGAGAGGAACCAGUCACUAGCUCUGAGCUACAACUACAUGUAUCCCCCUAACAUAGAGAACAGCACAGCCAUAUAACACCCAGAGGCGCCACCCCUCCAGCUGCCCCAUGAUGGAGAACCCCUCACCCAGACACCCACCACUGAAUACCCCCCGCAGGAACAGGCCACAGCAUCUCCACAGCCAAAUGCUCGCCGGCAUCCGGAGCCGGGGUGUGCGCACGGGAUGUGCCCAGGGACGCCCUGAGCCCCGGCUGCAAAGGCUGCUUCUCCCCCUCCCCGGCUGGAGGCUGGGGGGGAGGCUGCAGCAGUUGCAGGCCGUGAUGGGAGCCACGUUUACAUUGCUGCUGCCCUGCUGGUCCCAGCAGCGC